GGCUCAAACUUUUUUUUUCUGUCCGGCACCUGUUGAGCGACUAGUCUUCCACACAAACCGAGAAAGCUCAGCAGAACCACUUUUACGGACUACAGCACAACUCCAAUUCGAGUGGGAGAUAAUGCUUUUGUACAUUCACUUUUAUGCAAGAAUACCUCUUUCAAACCUGGAUUGUUUUAUUUUAAUUUUUGUAUUUUAAACAUUUGCCACUUUGUUUCGAUCACUUUGUGCUCUUGGUUGUUUUUAUAAAGAUUUGCUUUUUCUUUCUUUGUUUUUUUUUUCUGGCAACUAUUUCAUUUUCCUCUGGGUGGAUUGAUGGUGAAGAUUAUGCGGAUUCUCGCGCGCGUCCGUGCGCCGAAGCAGCACCGGUGCCCCUGCUGAUUCCCGAGCCCCCCGCCCCCCACCCCCCAGUCUCCCUGAACCCUGCGCCGCACCACCACUCCAAUUUAUCCAAAUGAUACCUCCAUCAAUCCUCAUCCUUCUCGCGUUGCUUCUGCAUUCAAGUGGCUCGGAGCCUCAGGAAAGUCAUGUCAGCAAGUUUCACCCUCCGGGCAGCAAGGAGCAAAACGGAGUGCAGGAGUCCCAUCAGGAGAAGGUGAUCAUGGUGUCUGGAGAGGGGACGAUCCAUAGCCCGGAUUUCCCUCUCACUUACCCCAGGAACAUCGUGUUGGUGUGGAGACUGGUGGCGGCGAGCAACAUGAGGAUUCAGUUUACCUUUGAUGAGAGAUUUGGCUUGGAAGACUCCGAGGACGGAAUAUGCAAGUAUGACUUUGUUGAGCUGGAGGAUCCGACCGAUGGGAGCAUCCUGGGCCGCUGGUGUGGGUUGCAGGCAGCCCCCGCGGCCCACCUCACCAAAGGCAAUCAGGUCCGCGUACGCUUCGUCUCGGAUGAGUACUUCCCAUCCGAGCCGGGCUUCCUCAUCCGCUACUCCAUCCAGCCAGCGAUUCCGGCAGGAACCGAACUUCCAUCCCAGUUGGACCUGCAAGAGCUGUCGGCUGCCGUGUCGGGCCUGAGAACAGUGGAGGAGGUGAUGAAGUACUUGGAGCCCGAGCGCUGGCAGCUCGACAUGGAUGACUUGUAUAAACCGACGUGGCACGUGCUCGGCAAAUCCUUCAUCCAUAACAAGAAAGCCAGAGGAGGCGCUGACCUCAACCAGCUUUGGGAGGAAUCUCAGCUGUAUAGCUGCACGCCACGCAACCUGUCCGUGUCGCUGCGCGAGGAGCUCAAGCGGACCGAUGCCAUUUUCUGGCCCAGCUGCCUCCUGGUGAGGCGUUGUGGCGGGAACUGCGCCUGCUGCGCUCACCGCUGCUUCGACUGCCAGUGCCAGCCAGCCCGCGUCACCAAAAAGUACCACGAGGUUCUGCUGCUGAAACACCGCAGCGGCGGCCGAGGCCUGCAGAAGUCCAUGACCGACGUGGCCUUAGAGCACCACGAGGAGUGUGCGUGCGUGUGCAAGGACACCGAUAACGGCAACAAUAGCGCGCCCAUCGGACACGUUUAAAGCAAAAUUGGACGAAGAAAGUAAAACCAAGAUUGGGACAGAUUCCAUCUCUUGAACGUCAUGGAAUAAAUACUGAGACUACAAAUUCCACCGGCCUCUAUUUGGAGUGAUGGAAGACAAUUUGAGAUAAGGAGUUGCCUGUUCCUCACCUCUUUUCAGCUGAUGUCACGGGAAAUGGGAGUUUCUUUUGUUCGAGUGAUUUUGCUACUGGCUCCCCUCCAAAACUAUUGGGACAGUGAAGCUAAUCCCUUUUUUUUUUUUUUUGCAUCGCCAUGAUAACUGGGUUUGACAUGAAAACAAACAUCCUUCAAUACCCUCUUCUGCGCACUAUAUAGUGUUUAAGUCUGGGCAUUUUAGCUUGUAUCUUCACCUUCUUGUCCCUCUGAUGAACUUCUUUGUUGUUUUGACACUUGUGAAUUUUUAACAGCCCCAAUAUUUAAAAUUUAUAAUGCGUUUACACACUGUUAGAAUCUUUUUUAAAAUAUUCAGUACAAAGCAAAAUUAAAACAGCCAAAACAACAGUGUAUAUAAAGUUUUCACACCCCUGUUCAAAUGUUUUUUUUUAUGAUAUAGAAACAAAUUGAUAACACUUUUUCCACCAAUAAUGUGACUUGCAGUACCGAGAACUAAAAUAAAAUGCAGAAACCUUUGAUAGUGUGAGUACAAACAAAGUGAGAAAAUGCAGUUGCUCAAGUGUACACAUCCAUUUAAAAUUUGUGAUUAGAUUCAGUCAAUCGUUGCCGCCGAUUACCCCCACAUAGAGUUCUGAUGUUCUAGUAGGCUUUUCUUGGCAUUAUGGUUCGGGGAAAAGCCUACCAGAACAUCUGGACUUCAUUUGAAGUUAAUCAGCGGUACUUAAAAUAGUGCCAGGUGAGUAAUGACUCCCAUUUAACAUGUGCUUGAAUGUGACAUAGCCACAUUCACUGUUUAUGAGGGUGUGGACACUUGUGCAAGCACAUGAUCACACUUCUUUUUCCUCAUUUGAGUGCUACAGGUUAGAAGUCACAUUGAUGAAAAUAGCUUGGAAAUGAUUGACUGUCUUGUUUUUUUGUGCCACACAAAGUGUUGAACGUUUGUGCCAACGUUCUCUAUCCACUGUGUAUGGCAAAUGUUAAAGCGACACACACUUUUUUUUAAUGUAAAUAUGUUUGAAAAUCUAAUUCUGAAAAACAUUUUGAUGUCCAACCCCAAUAGUUAAACUAUUUGGCCUCAUUGUUCCAAUACUUUUGGAGGGGAUUUUUCAACCCAAAGCCUCCCUCGUGUGUAAAUAUUCCAUUUGUGCUUCUUGUCCUUGCUAAGGUGCCUUUUCUUCCCCUACCAAAGAGAUUGUGGGUGCUUCAUUUGAGGCAGCUACACCUGUCAAGUAUUUAUUUCUCUGCCAAAAAAAAACCAAACAAUCAUUUCAGCGCAAACACAUUCAAUGGGUUUUUUUUGUACAGUUCGACAUGCUUUCAUUUUCUUCCUGUAUCAUUUUUUAAAAUGUUUUUUUCAUUCACUCAUGUUUAGUUAUUUAUCUACGUUUCUCUCCCUCUGGGCAACAACUGUUAUUUUAUUGUACCGAAAUUCUGAAAUAAACUCUUUCAUUUCAUA